UUCUUUUUUUUUUCAUUGUGAAAAUGUCGGACAGCAAACUGACUGUAUAUUCUGUCUCAUCAGAGUCUGAUUUAAGCGCAGAUGAAGAUACCGAGGAAAGUGAUGUAUCAAGGGACUACAAAAAUAUCAACAUAUCAGUUAAAGAAGGCGCUUUAGAAAAGGAAGAGGUUGACGUCAUUGUGAACAGUACAUCAGAUAAGUUGAAGCUACGGCAUGGAAGAGGGGCUCGAGCCUUAUUGAAAACCGCGGGGGCGGGGCUACAGACUGAGUGUAACCAAAAGUUCCCCACGGGGAUUCAAAAGGGAGAUGUUGCAGUAACUGGACCGGGAAAUCUUAGAUGUAAAACCGUCUGCCACGGGUGUCUUAAGAAAUAUGGAUCAAAUGAUGCAGAAAAGAUACAUAUGGAGUUCAUAUCCAAAUGUCUGAAAGAGCUAGACAGUCAAAAACUCUAUUCAAUAGCUUUCCCUGGUCUUACCACCGGGUUUCACAAGUUUCCAAAGAAUGUUGCGUCUAAAAACGCAUGUCGUGCAAUUGCACAAUAUAUUGACGCCAACCCCAACACCAGCCUAAAGGAAGUUCGUUUUGUUAUACAUCCCCAAGACAAAGAGACAUUUAAGGCUUUCUGUGAUGCUGUUAAAGCAUGGGAUUUAAGACCUACUACGGAAAUCGAAAGAAAAGUUCUUUGUAGAUUUCUGAUAAAUCAGAUGACCGUCCUAAUCAAAGUCGACAAGAUUGAAGAGGAAGAGGUCGAUAUGAUCGUCAAUAGUGUAAAUAAGACCUUAGAUUUGAGCAAAGGAUCUCUAUCCAAAACAGUAGCAACGGCUGCUGGUUCAAAAGUUGCAGAAGAAUGUCGACGAGAUCACCCGUCAGGUGUCUCUGAGGGAAAUGUUGUCGUCACCUCCGCCGGAAAUUUAAAGUGCAAAAAAAUUUGUCAUGCAUGCAUACCUGCCUUCAAUCAAAAUAAUAAAAGUGUUUCCAAAACGGAUAUACAAAAUAUUGUAAUCAAAUGCCUGGCAAAGGCCGAUGAAAACCAAUGUAACUGCGUAGCCUUUCCUGCUUUUGGGACCCUCUUCAAAAACUAUCCGGCCCAAAUCACUGCUGAGGGAAUGCUGAAAGGAAUCGACCAGUACUCAAAAUCCAACACACAGACAUCUGUGAAAAGUGUCUUUAUUGUAAUCUAUGGUAAACAACAUGUGGAAAUAUCAAAGGCGUACGUUGAUGAGGCUGCCCCAUACCGAGGGGCGUGUUCGGGACCCGUGAGGGGGACCCAGGAAUUCUGUCUCCAACAGUACCACAGAGAGUUCCACCCUCCUGAAUACUGGACCGAGUUUACGUCAGAUAAAUCUGUUAAGCUAUGGAAGACGGAGUGCGGCAAAAGUAUUCAUAAAGUGGUGGAUGUGGAUUCCUCCACACACAAAGCUGUAGAGAAACUUGUCCAAUCCACAUGGCAGCCACUAAAAGUUGGUCAUGGACGUGAUGCUAAAGGGUUGUCAAAAUUAAAGUACACUAGUAUUAAAGUUUUGAAAAUACAGAGACUGGAAAAUAUUGACGUUUACGAAAACUACUCCCAUUUUCGAGCACGACUUUUCCACAAAGCUGGUGACAUAGGAGUAUUCGAACAAUUGGCUUUUCUUUCACAAAGUACCGGAGACAUAGCAACAACCAAGAGUCUGAAAAAGGACUCUAUCCUUAAAAAAGAAUUGUAUCAUGAAAUAAACGAACACUUUCUGUUCCAUGGAACCAAACCGGACACAUACAAAAAGAUUCUGUCUCAGGGGCUAGAUUUCCGCAUGGCUGGUGGAAAAGGAAUGUUCGGACAAGGGGUUUACCUAGCAGAAAGUUCCACGAAAGCUGACCAGUACACAGACGACAAAUCAGCAAGAACUAAAGCCGAGAAGAAAAUGUUCUUGGUCAGAUCAUGUCUGGGAAAAAUUCAUCUCGCAAAAACAGCCUACAAACUAAAGAGGCCGCCGUGCUUUCAGACUGGGUGUAAAUCGGGCUCCUGUGAACAUUCGGAGCGCCAGCGCUGUGACAGCGUGGUUGGAGACGGAAGCUGGAUCUUCCGAGAGUUUGUCACGUAUAACCAACAUCAGAAUUACCCAGAAUACCUCAUCACUUACAAAAGAGUAUAAUUAAAUACAAUUACACACACGUACAAUUUUUGUGGAUUGUCAUUUAAAAGAACGUACACAAGAGGUCGACGCGGAAACGUGGUCGGUCCGUUGGCAGUGGAAUAAUGCGUUCGAAGAGAAAAGAAAGAAAGAAACAUUUUGACAAAAAACGCUGUAAAACGAGAAUAUAUAUUGAUGACCAUUUUGAGUGGUGGAAUCGAGUUAGAAACUGCGUGUUUAACUAUGGCUAGCCAGUUACUUGCUACAGACAGACCGCUGUGCUCUCAGAGAGGAUGUGAAUCGGACUCUUGUGAACAUUCCGAGCGUCAGCGCUGUGACAGCGUAGUUGGAGACGGAAGCUGGAUCUUCCGAGAGUUUGUCACUUAUAACCACCAACCGAAUUAUCCAGAAUACCUUAUCACAUACGAAAGAGUGUAAUUUCAUGUAAACACAGUUACACACAUAUAUAAUUUUGGUGGUUUGUUAGUUUUUUUUUAACGGUUUGAUAAUUUAUGGGGAAAAGGGUUCUCACAAAUGCAAAAAUUGAACCACCACUAAUUAUAAUGAUUCCACCGUAACAUAAUUGUGUAGUAUGAAUGGUGUAUUAUAAAGCUUGCAAAGUUUACUUUACUUAUCAAUUGUAAAGUUGUUUUGACAUUUUCCUUUUUUAAGCUCACCUGAGCUGAAAGCUGAAGUGGGCUAUUCUGAUCACGUUUUGUCCGUCGUCCGGCUGUCUGUAAACUUUUUACAUUUUGAACUUCAUCUCUACAACCGCUCGGCCAAUUUCAACCAAAUUUAUCACAAAGCAUCCUUAUGGAAAGGCGAAUAUAAAUUGCAAAAACGAAAGCCUGAUCUUUAGUUAAAGCGGAGAAAACCUCAAAACUAUAGAAAAAAUGGGGUGUUUUUUUUUUUUUUAAAUCUACUUCUCAAGAACUACUGAGUCAAAUUCAACGUAAUUUAGCAUGAAUAAUCCUUAUGGAAAGGGAAAUAUAAAUUGCAAAAAUUAUGGGCUAAUUCUGUUUCAAAUUUGAUUAAUUAACGAAAAUAAUAAUAACACAGAGAGAAUGGGGUCAAUCAGUUUAACUUUGGGCUCGAUAUUUCAUGUAUCGAAAACCAGUUUAGAGGACCAGUCUACAAACGCAGGUUGCACUACAGUAUUAAAUUUUACUAUAUAUUCUUACCAAAAUUGCACAACUUUACAUACAGAUUAAAAAUUCAAAACGAACUUCUGGAAAAAAUCCUCUUGAAAUCUUUUUAAACAACGCUUCAUUUACAAUUUUCUAGCAAAAUACACACGUGCAUCCAGAAAGGCGUGAGACUUUGUUUACCUCUAAGUUACACAUGUGCUUGAAAAUCAAGCCCGGGCCUUUUCAUCCCUCUCCGGAAACAACACGCAUCAAAAAUUCAAAUGACCUCGCAUUAUUACAAAACUGGGAUAGUUAGACCCCUUACACAUUGUUUUUCAUCUCAUAAAAAAAUCAGCUCCUGUCUCGAGCAGAAACGCUCCAAAUUCAAAGGAAAAUUCGGAACUUAUUUUGUCUCAGCCAUGUUUUGACGUGAACCUUCAGUGAAAUACUGUAGUGACACAUGCAAUAUGUAUGCUAGAAGCAGCCAUCUUGAACGGAGAUAAAUUUGCUUGUUGUGCAUCAGUUUAAGUGCGAAGGGAAUAAAUGUAUUUGAAACAUCCAAAAUAUAUUUGUGCCGUUUAUGUGGAGUAAAAUUGAAGUUUAAUAUUUCAAUGCGUUGACAUUUUCACUUGUGACGGUGGAUUUAGCUUGUUUUGAUUGUAACAUGUUUAGUUUCUUUUUAUUCUGACUUGAGAGGAACUAUCGUCUUUAUCUUAAAAUUUUUACGUGUAGUCCGGAAAUCAGUCAGCUGAUUGUUUACAUGUACCUGCGCAAAAUCUGAUGCACUUACAACAUAUUAUAAAAUACUAUUCAUUAUGUUGGUACAUGUAAUUCGGUGCGAUCUCUACGUAAUGGUUGAUUUAUGCAACAUGUUUUAUUAAGAU